CCUCUGCCGUCUUUUCGUUCUCUUCUCUACCUGCUCUCCAAAUGUUGUUGCCACCCAACAAACAAAAGGCUUCUUCCGCCUUCGCUACCCAUCUCUGCCGCUUCGAAGCACGCGCUCCUCGAUCAAAAAAGGACAGGAGAAGAAGAAGCAGAGCAACAACAAGCGGCCGCAGGCGUGCACCGAUUCUGCACGGCGCGCCGGCGCGUGCGCGCGUGAGAGGAGGAGGCGGCGCCCAUGGGGUCGAGGCGGCGGCGCCAGCAACACCACGGCCGGUGGGUGGUGCCCUCGGUGGCGCCGGCCGCGGCGGCGUUCGUGGCGGCAGGGAUGCUGCUCCUCGUCGUCGCCUUCCACUGCUUCCUGUCGCCGCCGCCCGGGGUGGGUGGCGGCGGCAGCUUCGUCCGCCGCCCGAACCCGCCGUUCCUGUUGAACAAACCAGGCGAGUUGCGGAGAAAUCUAGUUGGCACCGUGGAUUUUACCGUUCCGAGUGGCGGGAGCAAACUGGGGGAAGAGCUUUGGGUGUCGAAGUCGGCGCACAACUUCGUCGGCUGCAGCAACGCGACCAAGGAGUUCGCUGAUGCCAAGGCCGUCACCGAGUCGAACCGCUAUCUGACGAUCGCCACCAGCGGGGGCUUGAACCAGCAGCGAACAGGGAUCAUAGAUGCUGUUGUUGCAGCACGCAUUCUGAAUGCAACACUUGUCAUUCCAAAGCUCGAUCAGGCAUCCUUCUGGAAAGACGCGAGUGAUUUUGUGGACAUAUUUGAUGCUGAUUCAUUCAUAUCCUCGCUUUCAAACGAUGUAAAGAUCAUACGGCAAGUACCCGAAAGGAAUGGGAAAACACCAUCUCCAUAUAAGAUGCGUGUACCUAGGAAGUGUACCCCAACAUGCUAUGAGAACCGAGUGCUACCUGCUCUUUUGAAGAAACAUGUUGUUCAGCUAACAAAAUUUGACUACAGAGUUUCCAACAGGUUGGAGACUGAUCUGCAAAAACUAAGGUGUAGGGUGAAUUAUCAUGCACUACAGUUCACUGAUCCAAUUCUUAAAAUGGGUCAAAUGCUUGUCCAAAGAAUGAGAGCCAAAAGUGGACGCUUCAUUGCUCUUCACCUGAGGUUUGAGCCUGACAUGCUUGCCUUCUCCGGAUGCUACUUUGGGGGUGGCGAAAUUGAGAGAAGGGAACUGGGUGAAAUACGUAAGAGGUGGAAGACACUACAUGAAAGUAACCCCGACAGAGAACGCCGGCAUGGAAAAUGCCCCCUAACACCUGAAGAAGUUGGCUUCAUGCUCAGGGCAUUGGGCUUCGGAAAGGACGUGCACCUAUACGUUGCAUCAGGGGAUGUGUACGGAGGAGAGGAGACAUUAGCACCUCUGAAAGCGCUCUUCCCAAACUUCCACUCCAAGGAGACUCUAGCAAGCAAGGAGGAGCUGGCACCUUUCUUGCCAUUUUCGUCUCGCAUGGCUGCCCUUGAUUAUGUCGUGUGCGAUGGAAGCGAUGUUUUUGUGACAAACAACAAUGGCAACAUGGCCAGGAUGUUGGCUGGUCGAAGGAGAUAUUUCGGGCACAAGAGGACCAUAAGGCCCAAUUCUAAGAAGCUUUCCUCACUCUUCCUUAAUCGAACCAGCAUGAGCUGGGACACAUUUGCAUCCAAAGUUCAGAUGUUCCAAAAGGGAUUUAUGGGAGAGCCCAAUGAGAUUAAACCAGGAAAAGGUGAAUUCCACGAGCAUCCUAUGGACUGCAUUUGUGCAAGGACAAAGGGAAGAACUGGGCAUAGUAAGCCGCACCUAAGUAAACAUGUUGGAGAAGCUGUCGAGAACCGUACUAGUGAUGUGGAGUUCGACUGGAGGGAUUUGGACUAUGGAGAGAAUACACCCUUGGGAAGGGAUUCAUCUUAUGAGACUGAUCCAGACUAUAGCCGUGUUGGUGGAUCAGACGUUCCUGAAUUGGAGGACAUAAUCUCAGACUAGUCUUUUUUCACGUCAAAGAGACCGUCUGUAAAGUUUUUUGUGUACAGAAGCUGCCGCAUAAUAUAUCCUGGAGACAUAGAAAUUAGGAAGAGAUUCUUACAAAAAAAAAAAGAAGCAGGCCUUCCGAAUGAGCAAGACAAAAAUGUACAUUGUUUGAUUAGUCUGGCGAAUGCUGGCUGGCAAAUUAGGAGAGGUUUUUGCACGGUUAUUCUUUCAUAUAAUUUAGCAUGUACAGUCAAAUAGAUGAUAAGCCUGUUCUCCUUAUAGUUUUUAUGUUAUGUGAUUGUCAGAUUUUGCUGAGUUCGUUUUUUUUACUCUCGAGUUUUCCUUCAUGAUAAAUGGUUGUAUCUAAGUCCUUUGGGUGCUCUAAAUUAUCUGCAAGUUGUAAUAGGCUGCACCUCUGAAAAGAGGCUGGAGCUCUGGAGUGCUAGUGUAUCCUAGAACAUUUUGAGGUGAAAUGUACUCUUUUAGUUUCAGAACGUGCACCCAAUAUUUAUUUCUAUAUAUACAGCUUAGUAGUA